GCUGCUGACGCCAGCACCCCGCGCCGCCCGCCCGUCACCGGCGUGCGCCGGCCGGGGAUGCGGGAAGUGAGCGGCGCUGCGGUGAGGGCAGCGGGGCCGGAGCGGUGAGGGCAGCGGGGCCGGAGCGGCUCCGGUGGCACUGAGGCAUGGCCGCGGCCCGCGGGGACCCGUGGCAGCUGCAGUUCGCUCCGUUCAGCAGCGCGCUGGAUGCCGGCUUCUGGCACCAGCUCACGCAGAGGAAACUCACCGAGUACCGCCUGGACGAGAGCCCCAGGGCCAUCAAGGGCUACUACUACAAUGGUGAUCCUUUGGGUUUGCCAGCUCGCUUGACACUGGAGUUUAGUGCCUUUGAUAUGAAUGCCUCCAUCCCAGCACGGUGCUGUCCUGUUUUUGGAACUCUGUAUAACACCAACACUUUGGAGACUUUCAAAUCCUGUGAUAAGAAAUCACUUCUGGACAAGGAAGCAAACGAGAUCUGGGAAUCGAUCAAAUCUGGAGCUGCUCUGGAGAACCCAAUGCUCCUCAACAGGUUCCUGCUGCUGACAUUUGCAGAUUUAAAAAAAUAUCAUUUCUAUUACUGGUUUUGCUACCCUGCUCUCUGCUUCCCUGAUGGAAUUCAGAUAACUCAGAAACCUGUGUGUCUUGGGGACAGGUUCUCACUAAAUCAGAUCCAAGCCCUGCAGAAAGCCUACGACGAGCUCUGCCAGGAGGAGGGGGUGACAGCCCUGCCUUACUUCUUAAUUAAAUAUCACGAUAAUUCUGUCGUGAUAUCCCUGCUGAAAAAGUGGGAUGUCUUCUUUCAAGACCAAGGAGGAAAGGUGACAGUUGGAGUUUAUGAUCCCUGUAAUUUAGCCCAGUAUCCAGGAUGGCCACUGAGAAAUUUCCUGAUCCUGGCAGCCCACAAAUGGGGCAGUGCUCUGGAGAGGGUUGAGGUGCUGUGCUUCAGGGACAGGACCCUGCAAGGGGUGAGGGACAUCACCCACAGCAUCAUCUUUGAAAUUAAACUGCCACAGACACCCCUGGGCACAGAUUGUCCCAAAGCUGUUGGAUGGGAGAAAAACCAGAAGGGAGGCAUGGGGCCAAGGAUGGUGAACCUCAGUGAAUGCAUGGAUCCAAAAAGGUUGGCAGAGUCAUCCGUGGAUCUCAAUUUGAAGUUGAUGUGCUGGAGGUUGGUGCCCACUCUGGAUUUGGAAAAGAUUGUGGCAGCCAAGUGCCUGCUGCUGGGGGCUGGCACGCUGGGCUGCAGCGUGGCAAGGACCCUGAUGGGCUGGGGGGUGAGGAAAAUCACUUUUGUGGACAAUGCCAAGAUCUCCUACUCCAACCCCGUGCGGCAGCCGCUCUACGAGUUCGAGGAUUGCCUGGGCGGGGGCAAGCCCAAGGCUCUGGCAGCAGCAGACAAGCUGCAGAAAAUCUUCCCAGGAGUGAGCGCUGAAGGGUACAACAUGAGCAUCCCCAUGCCCGGCCACCCCGUGAAUUUCUCUGAGGUGACAAUGGCCCAGGCUCAGAGGGACGUGGCCAAGCUGGAGGAGCUCAUUGAUGCCCACGAUGUUGUUUUCCUGCUGAUGGACACUCGGGAGAGCCGCUGGCUGCCUGCUGUCAUUGCAGCCAGCAAGAGGAAGUUGGUCAUCAACGCUGCCUUGGGAUUUGACACUUUUGUUGUUAUGAGACACGGCCUGAAGAAACCCAAACAGCAAGAAUCUGGUGAUUCACGUUUCAGCAACGCCUCUGCCUCUUCUGACCUGCUGGGAUCCUCCCUCUUCUCAAACAUCCCUGGCUAUAAACUGGGCUGCUACUUCUGCAACGAUGUUGUGGCACCGGGGGAUUCCACCAGGGACCGCACGCUGGACCAGCAGUGCACGGUGAGCCGGCCCGGACUGGCCAUGGUGGCUGGAGCGCUGGCGGUGGAGCUCAUGGUUUCUGUCCUGCAGCAUCCAGAAGGGGGUUAUGCUGUGGCCAGCAGCAGUGAUGACAGAAUGAAUGAACCACCCACUUCUCUUGGGCUUGUUCCUCACCAGAUCCGAGGAUUUUUAUCCAGAUUUGACAAUGUUCUUCCAGUCAGCCUGGCAUUUGAUAAGUGCACAGCCUGUUCAGCCAAGGUCCUUGAGCAGUAUGAACGAGAAGGGUUUAAUUUCCUAGCUAAAGUUUUUAAUUCUUCACAUUCCUUCUUGGAAGACUUGACAGGUCUGACUUUAUUACACCAGGAGACCCAGGCUGCUGAGGAGAAUGAUAUUCCCAGUUCUGGGAUGAAGUCUGCAACCCUUCCUUCUGAUCUGGGACAUGAGUGACGAUGAGACCGUUUGAACUCGGGUGCUGAGGAGGAGGAGGAUGCUCCUGCUGCAGCCCUGCCUUUUAUCUCUGCUCGAGGAGUUAAUGAUUGCUCACCCUCCUGACUGCUGCAAAAACAAACAAACAGAGCCCACGUUUGCCAGGAAUAACUUCAUUUCACUCUCUUAUGGACAGAACUGGCCAUGUUUUCAUUUUUAUUGUGUAAAUAACUGGAGCAAUGUGCUUAUAUUUAAACCUGAUCUCUCUCUUUUUUUUUGGUUUUGUUUCUGGGGUUUUUUUAAGUUUCUAAAUAUGGCUUACAUAUAAAAAUGCUGCUUAAGUCAA